GAUUUCAUCCUGUGAAAGGACUGCAUCCACAUCCAACUUUUUUUCUUUUAUGGUCUGGCUCUCUGCCAUAUGUUCAGUGAAUAAAUUGGAUGUGACUGAGCAAUUUCUGAACCAAACUACUGCAGCGAAGGCAUUAGCCAGCACAAUAAGGACUAGAAGAGAGCUUCAAGACCGGUUACCAGGAUUUUCCAGGGUCUCCAACAAUGAUAUUGCGCUCAAGAUUCCAAAAGCCUUCAGAGGUGAAGAAUAGAAAACGACAAAUGGGGUGUGGUAAAAAUAAACAGAAAAAAUUGACUGCAUCUCGGAUAGCAAUGGACCAGGAAACUACGCGUAAAAAUCAAAACCUAAAGAAAUCAUCAAGUAAAUAUGAAGCAUACCAACACUAUGACAGAAAGAAAUGUUACAUACUGACAAGGGACUCAAAAACUCUGCGUUUUGAUUUAGACGAGUAUGGCCAUCAUAAAAUAUCAAUUGAGGAUUCACAAUCCAUUGAAGAUAUUGCAUGGUUAGACAUAUUCACAAGCAACAAACAGAACAAUUGUGCUCUGGUGGCCAGAAACCGCACUAAAAAACGUUGUAAAAAUUUGGUGACCAUGACCCAGCGAUCAAAAAAUAACUUUCUCCUAUUGGGCAAGAAUAAGAAACAACUGUAUCUGAAGGUCUUGAAUCCAAAUGGUAAGGCAUCACAGGGUCAUAUGGUGGCAGGACGCAGCAUGGAAGAGAUUACAGGUGGCGCUCCUGACCCCAGACAGUUGACUAAACAAGAAAACCAGCUGUUCAUCAUGCAUUACAACGAAGAAGAUUCAGUAAGGUUUCAGUGUUAUAAGGAUCAGAACUACUACCUUCAUGUGAACAAGGACUCCAUUGAUCUAUGCAAGAUGAAAGAAACAGAUGCUGAUACAGGAAAAGACUUCUAUUUCAAGGUGGCAUAUGUGUGAUACAUAGUUCCCCAGACCUUGCAAUGACUCAAGCAUGUACACAGCCCCUGAAAUGAGCCAAUACAAAAUAGAAAUGAAGGGAGAUUGAGAUCACGGGGGGAUUAAGUUCCUUAGUUUUGUAUCAAGUUUUUCUAUAGCCUCUGUUUCAUGAUUCACUAUUUUUGAUGUCUAAGGGAGAGGUUAUUUUGUGUUUUAAAUAUACUGUACCUGAGCGAAGUAUGUAACUUAGAGGAGGGAUGGCUAGCAGUGUUUUAGAAAAAAAAGCAAUUUUUUGGUAACUUUUUUUUUUUCCUUGACAUUAUAUUUAUACUUUAAAGGAGGCUGAUUUAGGAAGUGGGGAACAUAACAGCAGGGACCCAAAAAUAGGAAGAGAGAAUCACAGAAAAGAUAACACUUUUAAUAUUACAUUUUGUAAUAAGAAACUGUAUUUCUUAAAUGUCGCACAUAAAUUCACCUGAAAAACCAUGAAGGAGAUUAAUAAUUAUUCAGCAGCCACUACAUGUACGUGAAUGUGUGUGUACAAUGUACUUACUUUACUGAGUCUUUGCUGCACCAGCCAUUCUGCUCCCACCCUGGAGAUCUGAAAAAAAGAGCAUAAGGACAGAGGGCUAGUAGUUAAAGGCUAACAGCAAAGCUAUUCCAUCUUCUUUACCACCCCCCAAGUAAAUCCAUUUACCUUUCCAAGCUACUCCAGCCCCCAUUCUUCAUCUUUCCACCCCCACCAAAAAAAACAGCUGCAUGGCCUGAGAAUCCCACUGCAUUAGCAGGAAGAGGGCAGAUUGGGCAUCAUGGAAGGAUGUGCUCCCUGUGAACUUUGGUCUGAUCAAUUCCCAACUCGAUCCUAGAGGGAAACACAAUAGAGAGGAAAUCUUUAGCUCAGGUACAGAGCAAAGUACAAAACAGUACAAACAAACAUUGAAAUAAGUGUCUGAAUAAAUGAAUUCAAAGAAUAAACUCAAGCUUCUUACCUUGGGCUUGCAGCAGGCCUUGUGCAGGACAGAGCCAUCUGAAAUAGGCAAAGGAACAAACCAGAAAUAUGAAGUAGUGGAUCUAGACAUCAUGGCUCCGAUUCUCCAUUUCCCAGCACCUUACUUAGUUAUUUACCCAGUGUAAAGUAGGUGUAAAACACUACCAUUGAUUUCAUAACCGCUUAAACUCAUUUUGCUCUGGUGUAAAUGACUACACAACAGCAAACCAGGCCUUAAAUAUCAGACAUUACGCAACUGCUCCAGGGUACUAUACCUGGAACUGCAGGUUUGGUGAAACAAUGCACAGGUCCCACAACAUUUGCAGAGAAUGUUCUGUGCGGAUAUAUAUACUGUGUACACCUGAAGCAGGAAACCUAAUGUGAACACUCAAUCAUACUAGGCCAAGUUGCAACCAAGCAAUUCUCUAGUAGAAAAGGCUUCAAAGUUGUGCGAGACCAUGCAAGAACAGAAACAGAACUUAAUUUUCCCUCAUAGCCAUGCAUAAUGCUGCUGCUGGGCUAACACCCUGUUAUACUCUUUAAAUAGUGAGAAUGUGUGCCAAACCUGUGAAGAAACCAAAGAACUUUGCUGCUCAAUAAACAAUUAAGAGAUUCUGACAUAACCCCUUCGUUUUGACUAAAAAUUCUUAUGGAUCCAGGUGUCUGAUUAGACACCAUUUAAAUCAGUAAAAGACAGCCAUUGACUUCAAUGUGCAUUGCACUGGGUCUUCAUGAUUUGAAAUCUCCAUGGGAUGAAAUACAGACUUGAGUGACUUUAAUUGAUAACUAGAACUAUCUGUUAUGUUGCACACCCAUGAAUUAAACUAAAUGUCAUUACACAACAGUAUCUCACAAUACAUUUAUUUUGAGAGAGACGGCAGGAGAACAAAGACCCUAAUUCAGUUUGAAUAUUUGAAAAGUGCUUCCAAGUGCAGGUAUUUUGGAUUCAUUCUGUGCCUCUAGACCCUGUUGUGCCACUGAUUAAUAUUAGCAAUAUGAUGGUCCCAUUCAUGUACAAAACACUCCCUCUAGUGGCUAAAUUCCUGGAACUGCUACUUCACUGGUCUUAGGUGUUUCCAGUUGAAGUCACUGGAAAAAUUCUUCCUGACUUCUAUGGCCUUCGGAUCAGGCCCAUAGUAAAAGUUUGAAUUGUGGUGCCACAUGUGCAGUAUGUAGUUAUCUUGCACUUGGAUUGUUUACAUGCACAGCCUCAUUUUUUCCACUCUCUCCUUCUAUUUCAAAUUAGGGCUGUCAAGCGAUUAAAAAAAAUUAAUCGCGAUUAAUCAUGCUGUUAAACAACAAUAGAA